GCCAUCGUUUGAAUGAACAGCUGGACUCGCUAAUCCUAUGCUAUUUAGGAGCGUUCACUAACAACAAUCUUGUACCUGAUGAGUCUAACGGAACAAGCUCGUGCGCCGUUCUCGCUUGUGGAUGAGAUCAAUCAGGGCAUGGACCAACGGGCCGAACGAGCAGUGCACAACAAUAUGGUUGAAAGCACUUGCAAAGAGGAGAGUGGACAAUACUUUCUCAUCACACCAAAGCUUCUCGCCGACUUGCAAUACCACCAGCGUAUGAAAGUUCUUUGUGUCAACAAUGGCGAAUGGCUACCUGAAGAGCGGGGCUUGGGUAAUAUGAUGAACAUGAUAAAAGGAUAUGUUGACCGACAAAAGCGGAGCGCCGCUAAUUCUGCUUGAUUUGGGUUUAUCAUUACUGUUUUCCUUUACCUUACAGUGUUAACAAGUUAACUAGUCUACUUAUAAUGUCGGCUUGUACUACCACCCUUUCUCAACGAGUAUCUGAUAGCCCUCCCAGGUCCCGCCUGCUUAUCAUUUAUCCUAUCUACCUCAUGUCAGUGCGACUUUAUCAGAUUACCAUGGUGUCGAAGUGCGA